AACCGUCAUGUACACCCUUGCCGGUUGCUCCAGUUCACCGCUGUUUUUGCCGCUACCUCUGCUGCUCCACUCCUCCGGCACUGUGAUGAAAUCCCCCCACGCCGGGUUCCCACGUAACCCCUUCUCGUUCCUAUCGAAAAACUCCUCGCUGCUGCGAAUGGACACAUGUUUCUUGAUUCCAUUCAACGGCCACUCUGGCUCUUGAUCCGGGCUGGGACUCUGAACAGGUGCCUGGAUGAUCUCCUUGACCUCUCUUCUACCCAACUUUCCCCUAACCCCCGAGCUAACUUCUGAGCUCUUGUCCUUACCACGCCACGCCAGCCUCAGGAAUGGCACCGACGCAGAUACGAUCCCAGCAUUGGUUUCAACCUGGCCCCAAAGUAACAGGUCUGUACCAAAUCUGGCUGCGUUCACUGCGUUUUCGGCCCACAGUGCCAUCACCCACAUGCGGACGCAGGACGCGACAAUGGCCAUGAUACCCACGCUGAAGAUGCCAAUGAGCGCCAGUCUCUUGCUCAUGGGGACUCGGAGACUGAGCAGUGUCGGGAUGGGCAUGCCCAUGAUGAGCACGUCGGUGAAGAGAUUUACAGCUCCAGUAAAUAUCCACAGUUUGGAUGGGUCGAAACACGUGACGUUCUUCAGCGGCUCUUUACCAGUUUUGACGCCGAAUUGUGCAAGGUAUCCAGAAGUGUCGUAGGAUGCUGCCGGGUUCGUACAUUGGAAGGCGGAUGCGAGGGUGGUGCUGAUUGUGUAGAGGACCACGAAGAGAAUGGUACCGUUUACUACGCGCCUGAAAGUCCGGUUCGUGGCAAUGGAGCGGUAGAAGUAGAGAAUGCUCAAUUUGACAAAGCAGAGCGCCACACCAUACGUCAUGCGAUAGACAUACCAGGUGACGAGUGUACCACGAAGGGCUACCUCGAGCUUGGGGCGCUUUUCCUAUGAAAAAGUUAGUCACUGACU